AUGAAACCCCUCUCGAGCUUCUCUGCUCUACUCGCUACUGCUGGGACGUGUCUGGCUGAAUUUCUGGCUCUUCGAUCACAGCCGGGGAACGAGCUGUCUACGCAUGUCAAUGCCGUCCGGGAUGGCCAUGUCUUUAGCGGACACGAUGACCUCGAGCUGCUGGACAUAGUUCUCGUUGCCUCAGUUGAUGGCAAGCUCCAUGCCCUCAACAGGACGUCGGGGACGUCUAUCUGGUCGAUGGCAUCGUCCUCAGACACUGCAGCUGCAACCGCCCCAGCAGCCUUUGGACCUCUAGUGCGUACCGAGCACCCUGAUCUCGACCAAGACAUCACGGACGAGGACGACCCGGCCCAGGAGAUCUACGUCGUCGAGCCCCAGUCUGGAGAUAUCUAUGUCAUGUCAUCCCCAGACAGCCCGCUACAACGGCUCCCCUUUUCCAUGUCUCAGCUCGUCGACAUGUCUCCCUUCAGCUUCUCAGGCGACGAGGACAGACGGGUCUUCGUUGGGAAAAAGGAGACAUCUCUGCUGUUGAUCGAACUAGAGACUGGUCGGAUCAAGGCAACAGUAGACUCGGAGUGUCCAUGGAUGCCUUUCGAGGACCUCACUCAGGCGCCUCCCCCAAUCGACCUCGAUGAGCUAGAGAGUUCAGACCUCCCGCAAGAGCCGUUCGUUCCUCACGAAGUUUUCAUUGGCCGCACAGAUUACCACAUAUCCAUCCAUACUCGUCCUGUGGGCUCAUCCGGGGGGCGUCCGCACGUACAGAGGCUCUCCUUUUCCACAUACGGACCUAAUAAGCAAGACCACGGUCUCCAAUCGAUUUAUCAACGCACCGCCGACAACGCAUACAUCCAAUCACUCCCCACUGGCAAGAUUAUCUCGUUCAAGACGGUUACUCCGGACGCAUCGGGACCUCCCGCGAGCGCACACCCCAUGUGGUAUCAAGUGUUCUCUAACCCCAUCGUAGCCACAUUCGACGUACUACGCUCGCAGAAACGCUCGCAGCCAUUCGUCCUCCUACAACCCCAACCGCGCUUACAGGACAUCCUCCCGUCCGUUGAUUUAACAGACGCCGCGAAACACAACCGCUUACCCAACCUUGACGCUGCAUACGUCGGGCUGGUCGAGGAGUCCGGGUCCUUGUAUGCCAUGAGCCCCGAUCGCUUCCCACUCGUCGUGUUCAGCGACGCCAACCUGGACUCGCCCCGCAGUAGACGGAUGCUUGACCCUCCUCCAGGCUCUCCCACCGAUUCCGGAAAAGACUUUCCACCGGAGCUUGAUAGCGUCAGACGUAUCGCGAAGGAGCGCAAGUUCCGCGAGGCGUGCAAGAACGGCUCCAGCGACAUCCGCUGCCUCACGGGCGUGAGGAAACUCGGCUCGGACAGCCAAUCGAGAAUCAGCAGACUCCUCGACGGUGCACCCUCAGUGGCCCCGUCGCCGAAUUACAGCGAUGUGCCCGGGGUACCGCCGGCGCACGACACUCGUCCCGCCGACCCUCCGCUCUCGGACAGCAACGUUUCGAUACCACCGCCUCUCGGUUGGGACACCGUACAGCAGACGCCGCGUGUCGAAGGCCGUCCUCCGACCGCGCUCCUAGGGAUGAGCCCGCCAACGCAGGCGCUCUCCGCGUUCACACUCUGCGCAAUCGCCGUGCUGGUCUGGGUGUACAUCCGCAAAAUCCUCGGCUCCGCCACUCCACUCUCUACGCACGCAGGCACCACACCUAUAUCAAUCGUGCCGGCCGUGCAGGAUGGUGAGAAAGCCACCACGGAGGGAGCUGUUGCGGCCACGUCAGAGCCCGAGCCUAGGGCCAAUGGACACGCAGUAGCGCCCGAGGAGGCUCCCACCCCUUCCAUUGAGCCUGCGAAGCAAGUCGUCUUUGCUCCUGAGGCCCUAGAACCUAUGCUUCCGCCUGCCGAUAGCUCUCAAGACGUGCCGGAUGGCGAGGACACGGAGAAGGAGGGCGAUGCGCUCGACACGCCUGGUAAGCGCAAGGGGAUCAGGCGUAAACGAGGGAGGAAGAAGAAAGGCAACGUUACGAUCGCAGUCCCUGCCGAUGAGGUCGACCAGGUGCUCGGGGAGGAUAAACCCUCACCUGACGCACUAUCGAAUGGCGCGCAAGAAACACCGAAAGAAGCCACGCCGUCAUCUAUAGUGCUAGCUCCGUCACCUCCCGUAGCAAGCGUACCGACGCUGUCCGUUUCGAACGAUGUACUAGGUCUUGGCUCCCAUGGAACGGUCGUGUACAAGGGCUCAUUGCAAGGACGAGCGGUCGCUGUGAAACGCAUGCUCGCCGACUUCGUUACACUCGCCUCGCGAGAAGUGAACGUGCUGCAGGAGUCGGACGACCACCCGAACGUCAUCCGGUACUACUACCAGGAGGCACACGCGAACUUUCUGUACAUCGCGCUUGAGCUGUGUCCCGCCUCGCUCGCGGACGUCAUCGAGCGCCCGGACCAGUUCCGCGAUAUCGCGAUCGCGUUCGAGCCGAAGCGCGCCCUGCGCCAGAUCACGUCAGGUCUGCGGCACCUGCACGCGCUCAAGAUCAUCCACCGCGACAUCAAGCCGCAGAACAUCCUCAUCUCGUACGCGAAAAAGGGCGUGGGCGAGAACGCGGGCCACCGCAUGCUCAUCUCGGACUUUGGGCUAUGCAAGAAGCUCGAGUUCGACCAGACGAGCUUCCUGCCCACUGCGCACGGUUCGAUGGCCGCGGGCACCGUUGGGUGGCGUGCUCCAGAGAUCCUGCGUGGCGAGGUCAGCCUGUUGGACGCGGGCUCGGACGAAUCGCAGUCGUCGAGGGGUAGCGUGGGCACGCCGACCCCCGGGACGCCCAUGGGCAAGCCGACGCGCCUCACGAAGUCGGUCGACAUCUUCGCGCUGGGCUGCCUGUACUACUACGUGCUUACGAACGGCGCACACCCCUUCGGGGACCGGUUCGAGAGGGAGUUCAACAUCUUGAAGAAUGCAAAGAACCUGGAGGGGCUGGAGCGGUUCGGCGAGGAGGGUUCGGAAGGUGUAGACCUGAUUACGCGGAUGCUCCACCCAGAGGCAUAUGAAAGGCCGGACACAAUGAACUGUCUACUGCACCCAUACUUCUGGGACCCGGGCAAGCGCCUCACGUUCCUGCAGGACGCGUCGGACCGUUUCGAAAUCAUGUGCCGCGACCCGAAAGACGCGAAUCUACUCGCGCUCGAGAAGGGCGCGUUCAACGUUGUCGGCGCAGACUGGCACGCACGCCUCGAUAAGCUGUUCAUCGAGAACCUGGGCAAGUUCCGGAAAUACGACGGGCGGUCUGUGCAGGAUCUGCUGCGUGCGUUGCGGAAUAAGAAACACCACUACCAGGACCUACCGGAUAAUGUGAAGCGACUGCUCGGCGGCAUGCCUGAGGGCUUCCUCGCAUACUUCACUCGUCGCUUCCCCAGCCUGUUCCUCCACGUCCACGGCGUCAUCUCCUCGUCGACCUUGCGCACGGAGUCCAUGUUCCGCACGUACUACGAGCUCUCUGACUGAGUCCCACCCAUCACACCAUCUCUGAGCACUUUCAACAUCUCAUUCACAUCCAGGAUUCGGACUUCAAUUUUUAUCGUGCAUAUCUACCGGGCCAGAUUGUUUAUUCGUCGCUGCUACUGUUACUGUAUCUGUACCACCGCAUCGCUGUGCUGUUAUUGAGUCGUCACCGGAAGUCAUAACCACUUACUGUACUUGCCAUCUUGCUACUCGUCCUCGAGCAUGGAAUGUAAAUACAUCUUUUCC